AUGACCUCGAAGUUUCCCAUAGACUUCACUCCUUCCUAUCUAAUCAAUACUCCUAUAGGAGAAUAUAACAAAGAGUACGAACAUCAACCGAUUCGUAUGCCAACGAUAUUAAAUAAAUACGAUGCUUUCGAUUUGCUAGAAGUUAGCGACAAUGGGUUAACGGUUUUCUACAAAGGACCGGGUCUUUUCAACGCUCAUGCUGCUUCAAUACGAGCUAAUUAUUCAAUGCCCAUAGAGGCUGGAUUAUAUUAUUUUGAAGUAGAUAUAAUAGAUCGAGGACAACAUGGAUAUAUUGGUAUCGGAUUUGGUGAAUCGAACGUUUCCGUGAAUGGUCUUCCAGGCACUGCAUUCACAAAUGUAGAAGGUAAUUUGUAUCCAAUGAUUGGAUUGAGAUCCAGAGGCGAAAUUGUUGAAGCAAAUUUUGGUCAAAGACCGUUUAAGUUUAACAUUGACAAUUACGCGCAGUUCAUAUUUAAAGAAGUCAGAAAAAAUGAGGCGCUGAGACAAUGGAUAGAUAGAAUUUUUGGUGAAAACGAUAAUAAUAACAUUGAAGUUACCACUGACGGUAGCUCUUCCUCUUCGGAGGAUAGUGAUGAAUAA